AUGGCAGAAGUAGAGGAUGAAGAAAUCCGCCAAGCAGCUUUAGAAGGUAGACCAACCUCUGUUGUAAGAAUGUCUUUGCUUGAAGGUCAUGAUAGACGUCGAUACAAUCUUCCUUCCCAUGAGGAAGUUGCUAUUGUGUUUGUGGGAGAUGAUGGUGCUCCACCUGCAUCCAGGGAAAUUGUUAUAUACCCUCGAGGUCAGCCUUUAAGAACAAUUUCGUCUAUGUCUGCAAAUUUGGAUCCUUUGGUAUAUCCAAUAUUCUUCCCGAGAGGUGAUGCUGGAUGGCACAAUCAACUAGAGCACAACCCUGACCGUGCAACCCGUGUUAGAAACCAUGUUACUUUGUCUCAGUAUUAUAAUUAUAGGCUUGCUGUUAGACAAACUUUUAGUCCUAUAUUCUAUGGUAAGAAACUUUUUCAGCAAUAUGUUGUUGAUGCAUAUGUCAAAGUUGAGAGACAGCGCCUUGCUUUUAUUAGAAAUAACCAAAACAAACUUAGAAGUGAGCAAUAUGAUGCAUUGCAUGAACAUGUAAUUAACCGUGCUAAUGAUCUUAAUGUAAGACCAGGCCGUGUUGUUAUAUUGCCUUCUUCAUAUGUUGAGGAUAUUUUUAAGCAUGGAGUCUUAGGCAAAGUUGUAAGUCAUGUGCAGGUUAUUGAGUUUCAAAAGCGUGGUUUGCCACAUGUACAUAUUUUAUUGCACUUUGUAAAUGCUGAUAAGCUAGAAACAGCAGAAGAUAUUGAUAGUUUGAUAUUAGCAGAAAUCCCAGACCCAGCUGUUGAUCCUGAACUUUUUGAAAUUAUAAAAUCAUGCAUGAUACAUGGACCAUGUGGAAUUUUAAAUCCCAAUUCUCCCUGCAUGAAAGAUGGUAAAUGCACAAAAAAAUUUCCUAAGGAAUUUAAUCCCCACACUGUUGCAAUUUUUAUUGGUUAUCCACGCUAUAGGCGCGUCGAUAAUGGAAGAAUUGUAAAUAUAAAAGGUAAUCAAGUUGACAACCGUUGGGUUGUACCUUAUAACCCAUGGCUUUCUAAAAAAUAUCAAGCACACAUAAAUGUUGAAGCCUGCAUGACCAUAAAGUCAGUUAAGUAUUUAUAUAAGUACAUUUACAAAGGGCAUGACUGUGCCAAUGUGGUGAUAAAUGAGCAAGUUAACCAUGAUGAAAUAAACACGUUUUUAAAUUGUCGCUAUGUCUCAGCUCCAGAAGCAUUGUGGCAAAUAUUUGAGUAUUCUUUAAGUGAUAUGUCACAUAACAUCAUUCGACUUCAGGUUCAUCUGCCAGAUAAUCAGAUGAUAUAUUUUGUAGAAGGCGAAGAACAGGCAGCUUUAGACCGUGCAGCACAGCGUGACACUCACCUAACUGCAUGGUUUAAAUUAAAUGUUGAAAAUGAACAAGCCCGACACUAUCCAUAUGUUGAAAUUCCUUACCACUUUGUUUUUGAUAGCAAACGUUGUAAAUGGAAAGUUAGGCAAAGAGGUAGCAAUAAGGUGAUUGUUAGGAUGUAUAAAGUGAGUCCAAUAGCAUGUUCUCAAUUAGGUCUGUUACAAGACGACGCUGAAUGGAGAAAUACAUUAACUGAGGCUGCUGCAACUCGGUUGCCAAAUCAAAUUAGACAGUUGUUUUCCAUUAUUUUGACUUUCUGUGAACCUGAUGAUCCAUUAAAUCUUUGGAAUGCCUUUAAAGAUUUUAUGAUGGAGGAUUACAUUCACCAUUCCAUGCCACCAAUAAUUGCUGAGCAGGCAGCUUUGCGUCAAAUUGAAUCUAUAAUUAAUCAGAAUGGUAAGACUUUAGCUGAUUUUAAUCUUCCUACUUUAGAUGAGUUUUUAGAUUAUGUCCCACAAAAUGAAGAGGAAGAUGUUCAGGUUUUAAUUGAUGAAGCAAAUAGGGUUAGACCAUUGUUAAAUGAUAAUCAGCGUCAAAUUGCUGAUGCUAUCCUUUCUGCUCUUAGUGAGCAACCUAACAAUGAAAACAAGCAGUCUAGAUUGUUUUUUAUGGAUGGCCCUGCAGGUUGUGGUAAAACAUUUACAUACAAUUAUUUAAUCGCUGAAACCAGCAGUAGACAUAUUAUAACUGCAACAGCUGCAUGGACAGGAAUAGCUGCAACUCUUUUAAAAAAAGGAUGUACACUUCAUGGUUUGUUCAAACUUCCUGUGCCGAUUUUGGAAAAUAGCACAUGCAAUGUAACUCCAAAUUCUAUACACGGAAAAUUCUUGAGGCAAGUUAGCCUUUAUUUACUAGAUGAGGCAUCCAUGAUACCUAAACAUGCUUUAAAUGCCAUUGAUAAGUUACUUCAAGACGUUUGCAAUAACAAGUUUCCUUUCGGUGGUAAAGUUAUUCUUAUGGGUGGGGAUUUUAGGCAAAUACUUCCGGUUGUAAAGAGAGGGCAACCAGCUGAUAUUGUUGAAGCCUGUAUAAAAUAUUCUCAACAUUGGCAAUAUGUUCAGCGAUUUUCAUUAACAGAAAAUAUGAGGGUUCAGGCCGAAGAAGAGGAAUUCUCUCAAUGGCUUUUAAAACUUGGUAGUGGAACAUUACCUUUAAAAGCAGAUGGUUCCUUUCGCGGGUGCAUUGAGGAUCCUGAGCAAUGCUUGCUUGGAGAAAAUGAAUCUUUAGUAGACAAGAUUUUUGGAGUUGCAGAAGAAGAUGAUUAUGCUAAACGUGCCAUUUUGACACCCAAUAAUGUUGAUUCUUUAGCAAUAAAUGAAGAAGUUUUGGACCGUUUACCAGGUGACGUUAAGGUUUAUUUAAGUGCUGAUACUAUUGAAACAGAUGAUCUUAACGAAAUCAAUAAUUUUCCUGUUGAGUUUUUAAACAGUCUUACUCCAUCAGGAAUGCCUGUUCAUUGCCUAAAGCUAAAAAUUGGUGCUGUUAUAAUGUUACUUCGAAAUUUAGAUCUAAAAGCUGGACAUUGCAAUGGUACCCGAUUGAUAGUGCGUGCUCUACAAAAUAAUUACAUUGAUGGGCAAGUUCUAACAGGUGUUUCAGUUGGCAAGAGGGUAUUUGUCCCUCGGGUUCAGUUAACACAAUCUGAUUCAAAUUUACCUUUUACUCUUAAGCGUCGUCAAUUUCCUGUAAGAUUAGCAUACUCAAUGACCAUAAAUAAAAGUCAAGGUCAAACUUUUGACAAAGUUGGUAUUUAUCUCAAAAACCUAUGCUUUUCACAUGGUCAACUCUAUGUUGAAUGUUCAAGAACAAGAUGGUUUAAUACCUUAUUUUUUAAAAUUGAUGAGCAUUCAUUACAAGGUAUGUCAUUUAACAAAUGCUACACAAACAAUGUUGUAUUUACCAAUGUACUAAAUCUAUAAAUAAUUAAUUUUUUACAAUUAAACUCCUCAUUUCUUAUAAAUAUUUUAACUGUAAUUUAAAGUAUUUUUGUGUGUUGCUUGAUGCAGUAAUGUGUGAUAUUUAUUAUGUGUUUAAAUAUGUGUUAAGGUUAUAUUUUGUAAGUGUUUAUGUGUAACUAAUGUGUAAAUGACUGUUAUAUGUGAAGUGUAUUUUUUAUGUUAUCUGUUUAUAGUUUGUGAGUUGUUAUUAUGUUGUUUUCAUGGUUUCAAAGUGGUGUGACUUGGCUUUGUUUAUGGCAAGAGUGUUGUCCUUGCUAGCCAAACGGUGUACUUUGAUUAAUGUGACUUGGCUUUGUUUAUGGCAAGAGUGUUGUCCUUGCUAGCCAAGCGGCGUACUGACAUGAAACACAUAAUAAAAUCUGUUUGUAAUCACAAAAUGUGUACUUGCAAUUGAGCGAUUGUUUAUGGAUCAUACUACCACUAACUGAAAUAUUUUCUAAUAAGCUAAUUGCUGGAUCCUUUGGUGGUUUAAGUUAUUGAGUCUUUACUGUAAGAUUUUGUGCUAUUUGUUAUUGAUGUUUGUGAUGUUACUGUUGUGAUGUUUUGUGUU